AUGCAACCCCAGUCAUCGGCCCGCCCAAAACUGAGCCCUGACCCCCGCCAAAUCGGCGUUUACGCUGUAGACCCCCCGUCACCUGGCGUCUGCUCCGACGGUGGGCGAAAACCGCUGCAGAUUCCUGGCGAUGAUGUUGAUCUCCGUCGCGAGUCUAUCGUUGCGGCGCUGAGCAUCUUCAGCGUUCCCGACGCAGGCGGUCGGGAUAUUGGCGGCGGCAUGCGUGUCGAUUGA